AUGCCGAAUACUAAAUACCGUUAAAUGCUCCCAUGUCCAAACGAUGUGGCAUGUCAUUAUUUGUAUUUUACAAUUCAUAGUAGUCUUUAAAGAUAAUACCUAUUGCUGUUAAAUAUUAUAAUAUACUAUAUUUAACUUGAUACAGCCUUGGCAUGGCGUCCAUGGCAAAUACUAAGACCGCAUUUUACAAUUAAUAAAUAGCCUAUCUUUAAAGAUAAUACACGUUGCUGUGUUGCGUUUACGGUGCCUAUAUUGCAUAUUUUUGCUAAGCGGACUAAAACUGGCAAAUUACACUUUGUAUGUCGCAUGGGCAUCAUAGACUAUAUUAGUUUUGAUUGUGUUACAAUUAAAGCGCAUCUAAAACUUUUAAUGAAUACAUUAAGAGUGUAACAACGUUUCUGUAUAUAAUCAAUAUAUUGAUAAAGUUGGAACAGCUUGAAUCAAGAUGGCGCACUACAGUUCUCUUUUAGCGUGUUCGUAUAGAACUACUAUAAAUGUACUCAGACACUCGGUUUUUGAUCGAAUUAUUAACUAUCAUUGCAUUAAGACUAUUCAAGGUUGCAUCCUUGAUACCGGAGGCACUUCAUUACAAUCAUCCUACUCCACCAGAUCUACAACUCCGGAUAUACAUGGCUUAAGUAAAACUGUUGCACAAUAUGACGACCUGACUCAACGUGGUACCCUGAGGGAGGAUGGUCAUCAAAGAGAUGUUCUCCAACAUCUGGCUCAACUGCAAGAAACCAUCAAGAGCUACAGCAAUGAAAUAUACUUGGAUGUACCAACACCAAAUGAAAACAAUUCCACUCAAUGUGAAGAAAAAGAUCAUGCCACCCCUGGAAAAAUGAAUGAAGAUCCUAUUUCCCUCAAAACGCAAGAAACUUCUCAACUAACUCCACCACCAAGGGGGCUUUACAUCCAUGGAGAUGUUGGCACUGGCAAGACUAUGCUGAUGGACAUGUUCUACUCCCACGUAGAGAACAGCCGCAAAAAGCGAGUGCACUUCAACUCCUUCAUGUUGGACAUUCACAGAAGGAUACAUCGGUGGAAACAAAGCCUGCCAAAACGAGGGCGAGGGAAAAUGUUCACCUACGACCCCAUAUCGCCGGUUGCUAUGGAUAUCAGCAAUGAAACCUGCCUCCUGUGUUUUGAUGAGUUUCAGGUGACGGACAUCGCUGAUGCCAUGAUCCUGAAGCAGCUGUUUGAGACCCUAUUCCGGAAAGGGGUGGUGGUGGUGGCCACGUCAAACAGACCCCCAAAUGAUCUGUACAAAAACGGACUUCAGAGGGACACCUUCCUGCCUUUCAUCGGCGUGCUGGAGGGUUUGAUGUGUUCCUGUUUUCCUGGUCGGAUGCCGCACACGAUGUCACAAAGCUGUCUUUGAUCAUACUGCAUGCGGGAGAGGGAGAGAGGUAGAGAGAGCAUAGGUUACACCAGUGAAAGAUGGGCAGGCGAGCUGAGCAACUGAGCCAAGGCACUUGCAUUUCAAAAGUGGCGUGUGUGUGUGUGUUUAUCGGAGGGAGGGGGUCCUGAGGCUUGCGAAGCUGGCAAAUACACUACUUUGCAAUUUAAUUGCAUUAUUGUAAGCAGGUAGGACCAUUAUCCUGCCCGCAUCCCAGAUGAUCAUUGAUGUGUGUGGAGUGAUCGCCAUGAUGCAUAAUGGAGGCUUAAUUUGGGUUUGUCAUGCAUUUUGCAGGAGACUAGGCGAGCAUUCUUGGGCUUUUAUAGCUAUUUAAAUAUCAAAACGAUGAGGCGUUAUCAAACUGUGGCAUAUUAGUCCUAUUAAUGAGUAAUAAAAAAAAGAGCCAUUUAAUGCUUAUUAGUAAAUAAUACACAUACACACACACACACACACACACACACACACACACACACACACACACACACACACACACACACAGUAGUCACCCAUCAUGUCAUCACCCUGCAACAAUGAUGUGAUUAGUCCUAGCUAUUAUUGGACCUAUUUUAGCUAUUUACAGAUUAAAAGUAUGCCAGGAUCAUUUUAGGUCAUUUGAAGUGGCAGCCUUGAAGCCUUUUCAUGCAAGUAACAGUCAGUCAGGACUGUUUAGAAAUGACGACAUAUAGCCAAAGGUGUUUGAUUGCCGUUCAAGUUUCAAUUAACAUGGAAUUGUAUCUUUAGAGAAGGAGUAAAUUAAUAGGUUAACUUUAUUAAUUAGGUUUAUUAUCCAGUAAUAGCUUCUCCUGUCUGAAAUCGGUUUUCUAAAGAGGGGUCUCAGUGGGGAAUCUGCCUCCAGACCCCAUCGCUAGAACUGUAUUCAACAAAUAAAACAAUCCCAUAACCACACAGAUUACCAGGCAGUAAGCACAGUGGACGUCCCCGCGGGGAAUUUAAAGUCACUCCCUUGUUACCACCAACCUUCUUUAAUCCCCCCACCUCAUCAGGGUCCUGAAUGCCCCUUGUCCCCCUCUCUGCCCCACACUGCCUCCUCUCAUUCAGGGCCCAUGUUCUCCUUUGUGAGGCCAUCUGGUUGCGGUCUUUCUGGGGGUGCGGCGGGCCUCUGUGUGGUGGCCCUCCGUCCUGCGGCGUUGGGGGCUGGACGGUUGGUGGGGACGGAGACGGGUCACCCCAUUAACUACCUGACCCAGAACAGAUUGAAUUAAACCUGGCAAAGGGACCCCCGGCCCUACUCCCUCUAAGGUCCAGGCCUCCUCUUGGUGUGCGUGUGUGUGUGUGUGCGCGUGUGUGUGUGUGUGUGUGUGUGUGUGUGUCAGUCUGUAUGUUGGGAUGGGAAUGAAAAAAAAGAAAGAGAGCACAGGCCCUGACCUCUCCUCCCACCAUCACCUGGGUGGUGGGAGGAGGCUAAUCCCCGUCCUGGGGGCGGAUGUCUUCAUGGAUCUAUUGACUUCUGAUUAGACAGGAACUCUUUGCUCAUGAUGCCACUCCCUCCCCCCAUUCCCUACGUAACAACCCCA